AUGACUGACUUCAGACAACUUGACAAGUCCGAUUUCGAGUGAUGGCAGCUAGACCAGGGCGGAGUCUACUACGGCCAAGUCACCUAUGUUGACCAGGACAAUAAGAUCGUGGAGGAUAUAGAACAAGCGAAGAAGGAAGUAGAGGAAAUUUUGAACCAAGAACCUCCCCCUGAAGGCGAAGAGGUGGUCGUCCCUAAGUUUAAAAGGGUCAGACAUGGACUUGGAGUUAAUUGUUAUGGAAGAACUGAGGAGGAUAAUAUACUGUGUAAGUAUGAAGGAAACUGGGAGAAGGAUAAAAAGCACGGUCAAGGAUUUCUAGUGUUCCCUGAUGGCUCUACCUAUAGAGGAAACUUCAAGAAUGAUAAAAUUGAAGGUGAUGGGGUCUUCCAUUGGGCCCAUAAAGAUCAUACUUAUGAAGGCAGUUGGAAAGAUGGGAGACUUGAAGGAGAAGGUAGUUUCUCACAUGCAGACGGCACUCAAUUUAAUGGAACUUUCUUUAAUAACUAUAAGCUUGCAGAUGGCUUUUUCGUCAAUCCAUUCCUAUCCAGCGAAGAAGAGGCUGAAUACCAGAGCAAGUGAAAAGCUUUCCAAAUGAAGCAGAUGAGUCCACAUCAAGAAGAAUUUGAAUAA